UCUCACUGGACAAGCACAACUUACUCUCCCUUACGUUAUACUCUCACAAACGUUAACUCUCCCUUUUCACCACCACCACCCCCACCACCACCACCGCCAUGCCUAACAUACCCUCAGAAGUCACAUCUUUCGUUGGGGAUCUGGCCUCAAGUGUUGACUUGUUCAAGAAUCAGGUGAAGGAUGCCGUGAAGUCCCUCGACCUGACAACAGUGGCCGCCCUCCUGCUGGUGGUCGCCGGUGCCAUCCUUCUCUACGACUUGCUGGUGUUCGCUCUCGCCUCCGCAGCCUCCAGACGGUCUUUCAUGGUGACGCCGCUGCUUUACCGCCUCGCCCACAACGCCUGGGACAUGAGGGACGAAAUGGGCUUCACCAACCUGAUAGAGUCGCGUCUUGGCUCGGGGGCGUUGGGCAUGGUGUCUGACCCCUUGGCGUCCUUCAGGUCCCUGCAGGAGGCGUUCCCGAUCCUGGACUCCAUCGAGAAAGCGUACGAGAAAUACCAGGACCUUCUCGACUUCAACUAGCUUUGGGUGUCUACGAAGUCCUCCCGUCUCCUUCCCGAUGUCCUCCCGCCCUUCCUGGAGUCUUCGGAGUCUUCUCGUUCCCACUGAAGAUUCUCCGUCUGUGGUCCAGUUAUCCUGCUUCUGCUGCAGCCUCUCGCCCCUGCUGAUAUAUUUCUACUGGCUUGCAUCAACGUGUUCUUGUUUAUUUCAUGAGUUGUUUGUAGUUUCUUGAUCCAUUUUACUGCUUCUUCUUUUCAUCUGGAUUCUGUUUUCAUGUUUUCUGAUUCUCCUUAGUUUUCUUGUACAGUUUUGUUUGUCUGAUUGUAAUUCUCUCUUCGUUUAAUUGUUCUGAGAAGAUUCUUGUUUUGUCUAGCUCCUCUUUCUCCUCUUUCAUUCCCUCUUAGUGCAUUUGGAUUCUCUUUAAACGCUUCGUAUUCCACAUGGAGUGAUUUAUUUCCUCUAAUCUGUUUGAACAUCAUUUCAUUCCCUUCCGUGUUUCUGUUUAACUCCUACUAAUUCAUGUAAUUGAUAUCCUUUCCUUUCUCUAAUACAUCCUUCUCUCUUCGUCUCUUUAUCUCUCGUCUACAUCUGAAGGGAGUGUAGUCGCUCCCUUUUGUUCUCCAUGAGGCUUUCCCCACCUAAGGCAGCUAGAUUUGUUGGUUGCAUUGGCGCCUCCCUCUUGUGGUGUCUGAAGUUUUGUGCCUUUUUGCUUAUUUAAAUAAAGAUAUAUGUUUGCUUUA